AUGGCAGACAAACAUACGGUGGACGUGGUGGUGGUUGGUGGUGGCGUUGCUGGUUUAGCAGCAGCAGUCACUUUGGCCAAAAGUGGCUUGAAAGUCAGAGUCUUGGAAAGUCGUUCCAUCCUUGGUGGUCGAGCACGUAGCUGGAUCGAUGGAGUGACGCGUGAUCCGGUGCAUAUUGGACCCCAUGUGGUGGUCUCAGAGUAUCCAAAUUUCUUCAAACUGUUGGAUGAGCUUGGCACCUUGCAAAAGAUAGUUUGGCAACCAUGGCGCCACUUUGUGACUUGGGUUAGAGGACGGCAAGAACAUCACAUUCGGACCUUGGCUUUGCCAGCACCUGCCUCGUGGGGACCUGCAUCCAUUUCAGAUCCAUUCGUAUCAUGGGCAGACAAGCAUUCCACAGUGCCAGCUGCUGUGCAUUGUUUGAGCCUAUCGGAAGAACAAGUGAUGGAGCUAGACAAUCAAUCGGGCGCUGAUUUCUUGCGCAAUCUGGGUGUUUCUGAAGCCUACAUUGCCCAUUUCUGGGGUUUUUUGUCUCAUGCCAUUCUGAACGUGCCUGUCGAGGAAGUGUCUGCGACUGCACUUGUGCGGUUUUUUCGGCGCUUGGUGGGGCGGUCAUCGAUGGAGAUGGGUUUUGCUGGAUGUGGCCUAGGCGAGCUGCUGACUCCCGGCAAGGCUUUGCUGGAAAAACUUGGGUCGGAAGUCAGAACCAAUUGUGAGGUGAAGGGUUUCUUAGGUGAAGACCGGUGCUGUGGAGUUGUGCUGGACUCAGGAGAGGAAAUCCGCAGCACCUUAGGUGUCAUCAGCACUUUGCCUCCCCAGACCUUGCUGCCACUGAUACCCGAAGCAUGGCUGUCGCAUGACCCAUCGUUGAAGAGCAUGGAGGCAUUGAAGCCCUGUGAAUAUAUCUCAGUCUACAUUUGGUUCGAUCAAAAGGUCUCUGAAGGCAAACAAAUGUGGGCCAGAACCUACAACAAGGACGAUUUGAACUGCGAGUUCUAUGACUUCUCAGAGAUUUACCCAGGAAGUGAUGGGAGUGGCAAGCCAUGGAAGCAGCGUCCAUCUCUGAUAGGUUCAAAUAUAAUCGAUUCGGGAAGAUUGGCCGAUAUGACAGAUGAUGAAGUCAUUGAGAGAACGCUUCGUGAAAUUCAGGAGAGCUUUCCGCUGGCACUUGAAGCAAAGGUGUUGCACACUGUUGUGAACCGAGUGCCCAUGGCCAUUCAUCGGCCCGUGGUGGGCACGGAGAAACUUCGGCCAGAGCAACGGUCAUCAGUGAGAGAUUUCUAUGUCGCUGGCUGCUGGACCAAAACUGAUUUCCCGUGCUCCAUGGAAUCUGCAGCCAGAAGUGGCUACCUUGCAGCAGACGAACUCUUGCAGCUACGUGGGCGUGAAAGUCGGUCUGCCAUUCCGUACCCAAAGAUCGCGCUGUCAGCCCGUUUGGUUGGAGUCUUGGACGUUCUGCGGCCCUACUUGCUGGCACCGUUCUUUCGAAGUUUGGUCCGAAUGAGUGGUGGGACGGCUGCAGCAGCUCAAAGGCAGUUUGAAAAGCCAAAGCAGCAGGCACCGAAUAGCUUGGCAAUUUAUCAAUCAUUCAGAACAGUGUCGUCAAAUUGUUCGAACAAAUCCAAGCUGCUGAGACUGUCUGUGUAGACUCUAUAAGCUGAACUGGCUUCGUAGCCACAGCCAAACAAUGGAAAUAUCAUCAAUUGCCCAUACAAAAUAAAUAUAUCAUACCUUGAAUCUUGAGCUUGUGAAGCUCAGAGUUGCCUCAGUGCGCUAGAAA